AUGAAUGACACAUGGGAGUUCUUAGUUGAUUAUCACCGGUGGGUGCGGUUGAUAUGCCGCGGUGAGCCACGUAAGGAGUUAAACUCAUCGGAAUACGCGACACUUCAAAGCGAACGCAACACGACGCACUCCUCCAUAUUUAGAGAUGAUUAUUAUGAUGACAAUGACAGCGACGAUGCGGAAGCGUCAGUAGCGGGAGGAUUAAUGCCACCGAGGGCGUUCGGUCAAUGUGGCGUCCUGUAUGGUGAAGGGCGUUUUCUUUUUGUGCAUGGUGGUGUCACAACAUUAGGGCGUACAACUUCUGAUGCUUUUCGACUUGAUAUUGAGAGGAGGUCGUGGGCGCGGAUACCUCUUCUGCAGCCGAUGCCCUCCAUGUGGGGUUCUGCUGCGCAGGUUGUGCGGCUUCCAGUAAAAGCGCUCGUCGCCGCCGGACAGAUCAGCACAACCGGUAAUAGUUGUGAAGAAGAAGAACAAGAAGGCCGCGUUGUGGAGGUCGUCGUUCUCUUUGGUGGUAUGCAUCAGGCCAACGCCUUCAACGACACAUACUUUUUGUACCUCACGCAACCGCCGCCAUCAGAAGGUCGUACAUCGUAUAAGGAAGGUGAAGGACGUGUCGUGGUGAAGCUGCCACCAGUACCAAAGAAGAUCUUUCCCGGGCGGCGUCGGGCUUGCUCUGUUGUUUGUAACAACUACUUCCUUUUUAUCUUUGGUGGACGGGACGAGAAUUACUUCUAUAAUGAUAUGUGGAUCCUAAACACCUUAACGAGGCAGUGGGUGAUGGUACGGGGUGAAGUCCCGCAGCUUUACAUGCAGGAGUUUUUUCGCUUUCCCUGCAGAACCGCACCAGGGAUACGCAUUAUGGGACUUGUAGAAGAGAUACUUCGCUUCCGGCGCAAGGCGGUAGGCACAGACGGUAAAGAUAAUCCGCAUAAGUCACGUCGUUACAACAGUUCCGCGUAUUGGCGGACGGGCGCCACAAUGGUCAAUUAUGGAACUGAGGUAUUUGUGUUUGGAGGUUUCACCAUGGAUCAGUUCGGCUACAUCAUAACGCAUCGGGACGUGCACGCGUAUGAUUAUGUGCAUCACGUGUGGCGGGAAGUAGAGGUGGAGGAGGGUCGCUCGCUUCCGCCAUUUCCACCGGGUUAUUUUCGAUCUUCUUGUUUGGCUGGUGAGGAGCCACAACCCCAGUGGGAGUUGCUGCGGGGAAUUCCCUCAAUGUUUUCAGAGGGCCGCACGAUGGCGGCGAUGUGUCGUGAUCCCAUACGACCCUCCUUACGCUUCUUUAUGUUUGGUGGUCGUAUGGAAGAUGAUCCCUGUGGUGACCUUUUCGACGUACGUAUUCGUGUAGAAUUCCAAGGGCCACCACCUGCUAAGGAUCAAAUGUUGGAACGUCAACGGCAGUUGGCUCGUUUAUACUUCACCACACCGCAAGCGCGAGCGCCAUGGGAAAUGUCACCGUGGGGUAGGCGAAGCCUUUUGCUUCAAUUGCUUGAUUGGACGCGAGCAGUAGUAACGGAAGGAGAGGCGCUUAAUGCAAUUCAAAAUAUGAGGCCUCGGACAUCUCGGGAGGUGCCACCAUUACAUAAGGAAUGUGCGGCUCAUGCAACUGAAGUGGAAUCGACGUUACGCAAUAAAUUGAGUAUUUUGCCGAAAGUAGUGAAUGAACAGGUGUUGUUGCCUCAACCAUUUGUGUUGCCCGAGGAACUGAGGGGUUAA